AUGAAUCGCGUGGCGAUCGUCGGCGCCGGCGUCUCUGGCAGCCUCGCGGCGCUGGUGCUGCGGAGCCGUCACCCGACCGCGUCGCUCACAGUGCUCGACGCCGACGUCGGAGGGAAGCUGGCCGGCCGCCACCUCGACCCGACCUUCCAGUUUAUCCGCGCCUCCAAGACGCUGCGCACAGUCCAGCUGCAAUCCGUCCUCGGCAUGCUCGAGGCGGAGGGGAUGAUGGCGCGCUGGGAAGGCCGGUUCGGCCUGCUCGGCCGCAAGGGCGGGCAGUUUUUGCCGCGCGAGGCGCUCGCAAACACCGAGAUGGGGCAGGCGAUGAGGAAAGAGGCGGAGGGGAGGGGCUCGCCGACGGAGGGCGGCGAGUCUGAGGUGUCUGGCAACCUGGACUUCUGCGGCCUCCUCCGGCCUGGCGACGCGCCGCUGCUCGUCGGCUCGCCCUCGAGCGCGACGCUCUGCGCUAGCAUCUGCGCCGCGGCCGGGGCGGAGGUCCGGCUCGGGGCGCGCGUGACCGCCGCGCGCCACUCCCCUACGCGGGGCUGCUGGGAGCUCCAGAUCGCUGGCGGCGGCGGCGGCGGGGGCGGCGACGGCGGCGGCGGCGGCGGCGGCGGGGCCGAGGGCGGCGGCAUCAGCAGCUUCGACGCCCUUGUGCUCGCCGUCCCAGACACGGCCCUCGGCGCCGCCGCCGCGUGGGAGCGGAGCCCGCCUCCUUCUCUGCUGCUGCGAGGCACGACGGGAGAGAGUUGCGAGCAGGUGUCCCUCCUCCUCGCGCCCUUUCUCGGCGGAGAGCACCUGCGCCCGCUCUCCGCCACCGCCACUCUCUGGAGCGACGCCUCUGCAUCAGACUCGCUGCACCACCCACACGAGUGCGUGUCGCUGCCGGCGUGGAGGCUGGCCAUCGCGGGCGAGUUUGUCAAGGAGGCCGCGUCGCCGCUCGAGGCGGCGGCGCUCUCCGGUCUCGCCGCGGGCGAGGCGGUCGCGGCGGCGUUAUAG